AUGGCUCAUCAAAGUGAUAUUUUAGAAAAAGUUUAUGAGUUCAAAUCUGAGAUACGUGUCUGGAUUCCAAAACGAAAGACGACCGUACGCAUUUUAAGAGAAUUAGCAGACAAACUAAAGGAACAUCACACAAAUGUGUGCAUCGCGCAGGUUUCAGGAAGCGCUGGUAGUGUUUUUGGUUUCACCGUGGCAGCAGUUGGCUUUGGGCUUUCUUUUGUAACUUUUGGAGCCUCUCUGGUAGUCGCUGCAGCAGGUAUGGGAAUUGCAACCGUCGGAGGAUUGACGAAUGCCGGAUCUACACUUGCAAAGAUCUUCAUCGAAAGAGAUACUUAUAAAGAAGCACAGAACAUCAUCGAUGACGACCGGAAGACGACCGAGAAGAUCAAAGAACUACUGACUGAAAUAGAAGAAAGCACAGUGGGAAAAGCAUCUUGGCAUGGUCUUCAAGCGGCAACCUCCGGUGCCUGUACAGUGUACAAAUUUGUAGAUGCAGGUUUCAAAGUAGGCGUCAGAGUGGCUUCUCCAGCUCUCGCCGAAGGCGGGGGAGCUUUAUUUACGGGGCUGCGUGGAUUUAGCAGAGUCGCUCAUAUUGGGGGAUUCGUGGUCAAUGCUGCUCUCCUUCCAUAUGACAUUUACACUCUGGUUACAAAUGCGUUGGAAAUCGAUGCCGCUCGUAAAGGCGAGAAUGAUAAAGAGCCAGAAGCAGUGAAAAAGUUGAGGCAGCUUGCCGAUGAUUUAGAAAAGGAUAUGCCACCCGAUGAAAAUCAUUUAGCCAGCAAAUUAGAUGAAUUCAUCACCGUUCUUCAAUCGAAGUGA